AGCUGCCUAAGGACCCUCCAUACAUCAGUCCUGAGACAGUGGACAGACAGUACGGGGCCGGAGACAGGACUGCGGGCCAAGUGUACCUCAGGGCCGGCCAGGCCCGCGCCCACUCUGGCCUGGUUCAUCAACGACGAGCCGUUGAUGACUCAGUCCACGAGGAACCAGACUGACGGCUCGCUGGAGACUCGCACUAUCACGCUGGACACGAGAUUGUUACCUCUGUUGUUGCAGUUGAUGACUCAGUCCACGAGGAACCAGACUGACGGCUCGCUGGAGACUCGCACUAUCACGCUGGACACAAUAGUGUUAUCACGUCACGUGAGCUCCGGUCGGUUAGUCCUCAAGUGCACUGCCUUGCUGGCGGACAUCUACAAGGAGACGGUCAGUAUGGUCCUGCAGUCUCAGCAGCCCUGCGAACCCAAGCAUGAAAGAGUACUGUUCUCCCUAGCCACAUCGGUCGACUCCUCGGUCACUUCUGUCCUCCUCGCCCUCGUCAUCGAACUCUCUCUCAGAUAGUACAGUCUCGCCUCUGCACAGUCACAUUGUCGGAGGAGCAUACUUUGUUAUCAUUAGUGGUAUAGCUUGUCGUUGCAGUUUGUAUUUGGAAUAUGCAAUUGCUUUUAUUUUUGUAUGAUGUGUAAAUAACUUUUUAACACUUUUAAACUACAGUAUUCAUUAUUGUAAAUUCACAUUGAAAUAAAGUGUAGUAUAAAGCGUG